AAGCAACUUGAUACUCGAUGAAGAACUCCAUACGAUCAAUUCUGUCAAAUUCAGUUCGAUCUCGCUGGUCCUCGACAAUGGCUCAAGCGCCGGCAAUCUCGCCUUUUUCACAGGCUGUCGUCAAUACCAUGCGAAAGCUCUACCCGGAAUCCCUCGCAGACAAAACCUUCGACAACACAGGAUUACUCCUCGAAUCGCCCUACACCCCCAACCACAACCUCAAAAAUACCGUCCUCCUCACAACCGAUCUCACCAAAGCCGUCGCCGACGAAGCCAUUGCCCGUCGAGACUCAAUCAUCAUUACAUACCAUCCCAUAAUCUUCCGUGGCCUGAAAUCGCUCACCCUCCAAGACACGCAACAAACAUCCCUCCUCCGAUUGGCCCAGGAAGGGAUCAGUGUAUACUCACCACAUACAGCCGUUGACGCCGUACCGGGCGGAAUGGCAGAUUGGCUUUGUGAUAUUGUUAGUGGAAAGUUUGCCAAUACUGCCCCUACAGCUAUAGAGAGGACCGGGGGAGGGUCAUAUUCAGCCGUGAUAUACCCGCAACCGACACCCAAUCAACAAACUAGUACAUCAGUCGACGCACAUACCCGGGUCCCAAUCCGUCCUUCCCCCGAACCAGUACCAACAGGCUUCGAAGGCGCCGGCGCAGGUCGACUCCUUACCUUCUCAACCCCGCAACCAUUAUCAACUCUCCUCGACCGCAUCGGCGCCGCAACUGGAUGCCCAGGAUCAAUCUCCCUCGCCAUUCCUCAGGGUCGGAAUGUAUCAUCCAUCCAGAUUCGUACUGUAGGCGUCUGCCCGGGUUCAGGGAGUAGUAUACUCAUGAAUCCUCCCUCGGGCGUACUACCGGAUUUAUUAUUUACAGGUGAAUUGAGUCAUCAUGAAGCUCUGGCGGCAGUUGAGAGGGGUUCGGCUGUUGUUACUGUUUUCCAUUCGAAUAGUGAGCGUGGAUAUUUAUGGGAUGUUAUGAGGCGGAAAUUAGAAGAUGGGAUUGUGACGCAGUUGGGGAUCCAAGAACAAGGCGAGGUGGUGGCUGUUAGUAAAGUGGAUCGUGAUCCAUUUGGAGUUGUUGUACGAAAGUAGAUCUUAUAUAUGUAGAGAUAAAUUAUGGACUAACUCAAAAGAACACGAAUCUCACCCACUGUCCUCGGAAACAACGCCCUGAGACUAUACUUCUCUUCCCCUUCUGUUUCAUCUCGCAUCGGCUGAUUCCGCACAGAAACGGAAACAAUAUCACUCUCCCCCUCCCCAACAAUCCUCGACAUAUCCCAUUUCGUGCCUCGAGCCUCAUCGGCACCGAUAAUCAUGCCUUCUACAAACUCGAAAUCGCGACAGAAUUCUUCGACGGCUUCUUCAGUUACGCUCUUCACCAGUGUGGAGCUGCGGAUUAGUUUUAGAUUGUCCGUAGCGUCCAUUAGCGCUGAGGGGAGAAAGUCGUCGAGUUGUUGGCUGAUCGCUGAUAGAGUUGCCGGUUGGAAGGCGGGCAGGCCGGCGAUUUCGGCUAGGUUGCGGUUUUGAUUGAGUUGUGUUGUGGAAGACUCGGCUUCUUUGUGUGAUGAGGUUGAUGGGGAGGAUGAUUCGAGUGCGGUUAGGAGUUGUUGGAGACCGGAUGUUUCGAGGAGGUAUCGUCGUUGUAUAUCCAACAAUUCGAUUCGGAGGUGGGAUAAAGCCGUAGAGAUUGGGGCUAGAUGUGUCGCGGCUGCGAAUUUGUAAGGUGAUAUGGUUCCCCGUACAGCUAGAAGGAUAUUGGUCUUGUAGAUUGUCGACGUUUUGUGAUCGUCGACUUCUUGCGCGGAUGUUUUUGCAAUGUCCAAGAACGGGUCAAGUGCAACUCGAAGAACAGGUGUGAAUCCGUUUUCUUCUGAAUCUUCAAUAUCGCUUGCUGCACCGACUGAGGAGUUGUAUUCUUUCAUCAACGACGUCAAUACCUCUAAUUGAUCAGUAAGGAAUUGAGGAGCCGAAAAGUCAUCCGGUGGUGACGACGAGUGCGAAUCUGCGGAGUGCAUGUGUAGUUGAUCUCUCAUCAAUCCCUCGAAGUGCUUGAAUGUGAACUCGACAAGGCCGGCAAUUACUUCCACGAGAUGUGAUUCUGCGCCGACCAGCUUAGAAAAUGUGAGUCUGUAGAAAGACAGCAAAUUGACAACUCUAUAGGUCGUUACCGCAUCAUCAUGACCUUGAAUGACUAGCUCGACUCUCUGCCGCAACGAUCGUGAUACGCCGUUCAGAUCACGAUUAACCAAAUCAUUAAGAGCUUUCUGUCCAUCAAAUACGG